GGUACCGUUACCGUAAUGAGAGGGAGUUGAGCGAUGAGGAAGGAGCUGUGUGCGUUCUGUUACUGAAGUUUACAGGAGUAACCGACAAUGGCACGGGGGGAAGCUGUGAACCAGGAGCUGUCUGCUGUUCUGAAUGAGCUGUGGAAACUGGAUGUGAACCGGCUGAAACCAGGGAAGGACUACACCAUAUCCCUGCAGGGGAAGGCGGGGUACGUGGCGCAGGGCAGCAACAGCGCCAGGGAUCGGGCCCGGGAUCCUCUCUUCUCCUUCGUCAAUGAGGACAAACUGAGGAGCAUCGAGACCUACGCUCACUUCAUAAACCUGCUGGAUAACUAUGAGAUGUCCACCGGCCUGUCAGAGACCGUCACCUCUCAGGAGCUGCAGGAGAACCACCUCUUCCUGGAUGCCAUUUUGGAGACGGAGGUCAUGAAGCGUGCGCACAGGUACCUCGUCAGUAAGGGGAAGUCUCCAGCAGACGAGAGGCAGUUUAAGGACCAGCUGUAUGACAUCUGGUUCCGCCUGUACCACCGAGACAGGAGUGGAGGAGAGGACUCCUGCGGCUUUGAGCACGUGUUCGUCGGAGAGACAAAGCGCGGGAAGGAGAUCAUGGGCUUCCACAACUGGGUGCAGUUCUACCUGCAGGAGAAGCACAAGCACGUGGACUACAAGGGCUACAAAGCCAGGGCCAACAAAGACCAGCCUGAUGAGGACGACCAUGUGCUGAACCUGCAGUUCAGCUGGAAGGGCCUGGUGAAGCCCGUGGGCAGCUCCUUCAUCGGGGUGAGCCCUGAGUUCGAGGUAGCCCUCUUCACCAUUGUCUUCCUCAUUUCCAACGAGAAGGUGACCAAUGUCAUCGUGAAGGUGGACGAGUAUCACCUGGAGGUGGUGGUGUACCGGCACGGCCGCUCCAUUGGGACCUCCUACCCUAAACUGCUGAGCAGCAACAACAGGCCCCUGUAGCACCACACCCACUGUACAUGUAAUUAGUGACCCAAAAUCACUGACCUGAGAUCAGCUUUAGCUAUUUGCAGGAAAUGAUUCAGGGCUGGACAGCUGAUCCCUGAUCAGUGCACUAUACUACUCUCAGGUUACCCCAGUCCCUGAUCCCUGGUGUCCAGUCUUGCCUAAGCGUCCACUGUGGACAUCUUUGCACUUGCUUUCAGAUAGGUGUAUGAACCUCCUUAAGAUUGAAUUUAGUCAUCUGCAGACAGUCUGCCUGUAUUAACAAUGAGUAUUAAAGCCAAGAUUAGCUUUUAACUCAAUGCGCUCAAUAUCAACUAUACUUGUUCAUGCUCUAUGCAGUCAGUCAUACAACAAGCCUGUUAUGUAUCUAUAACCAAAGAUUAGUCCUAGGUUCAGUUUCAGCCACAUAUUAAUGUAUUUGUAUUAUUUUUUCUGGUCCUACUACCUUUCAGAUUGUAUGUAAUCAUAUUUUACUCUAGGCUUCCGUAAGCAUGAGACAUUCCCACAUGAGAGCUGACAGCAAAAUAUCCUCAGUUUCAGUUACCAUGUUGGUAAAGAUUUCAGUUUCUCUUUUUGCAUGUCA